GAGGCUUUCUGGUGUUUGAUUGUGCUUGGUGUUUUAAGUGCAAGAAGCUACCUAAUGGCUGUGUGAUGAAAAGUAUUCCAUCUGGAUUUUUGUGGACAAAUUGUAUUUGAAGCAAGGUGAGGGCAAAACCCAGAAGUCUGAAGUGAAGAAUCCUCUGGUGGGAGCUUGAUUAACGUGACUGCACAAUGGUGAAGGCUUGCUGUUGCUUAAUAUUUCUUGCGGUUGCUCAUAUCGUGGUGCCCAGCUACUCAGUAUUUUUAUCAGAAAAAAAAGCCUCUGAAGUCUUGAGAAUUAGGAAACGGCACAAUUCUUUCUUUGAAGAAUUCAAGGCUGGAGAUUUAGAAAGAGAGUGUUCUGAAGAAGUUUGUGAUUUUGAAGAGGUAAAAGAGAUUUUCCCAACAACAGGUGAUGCUUUAUUAUUUUGGAACAAGUAUGUCGACGGUGAUCAGUGUGAAACUAGUCCAUGUACCAACAAUGGAACUUGCCAGGAUCUGAUUGGGGGCUACUAUUGCCACUGUCCUCAAGAUCGAGAUGGACCACAGUGUCAAUAUGUACUGAAGGCAACAAACUGCUCUGACAAUUAUGGUUAUUGUGCACAUAUCUGUAAAGAAAUUCCCUCGAAAAAUAGGCGGGAAUGUUCGUGCGUGAAUACCUACAAUCUAAGUGAUGAUGGCUUCUCCUGCAUUCCUAAAGAAUAUGGUUGCGGAUCCCUCAGAACAGUAAAUAAAAAAUCACGUUCUCAAGGCAUGGAAAAUUCAACACUAGACCCUCGAAUCACUGGGGGCAAGAGGAUGAAGAAAGGAAGCAGCCCCUGGCAGAUCCUACUUAUGGAUGCAGGUGGCCAUUUCAAGUGUGGAGGAGUUCUAAUUCAUCAGUUUUGGAUCUUGACUGCCGCUCAUUGCGUUGAUGAAGGAGGCCGAUUUAAAGUCAGACUUGGUGAGCAUAACCGGUCAGUUAAUGAGAGAACAGAGGAUACUAUCAUGAUAAGUGAAGUGAUCAUCCAUCCCAACUUCAGCCGCAGCAGGUUGGAUAAUGACAUCGCUCUCCUCCAUCUAUCUGUACCUGCUAUCUUCAGUGAUUACAUCCUCCCAGUAUGCCUGCCCAGCCAAAUGAUGGCAGAGGAAAGAUUACACAUUCCGGGAAACAAAGUAUUGGUCACAGGUUGGGGAGCAGUGGAUGAAAACGAUGACACAAUCCGCCCUACCACUCUGUUAUUCAUCGACAUUACAUUGGUUUCCCAUAAACGGUGCCAGAAUAUGCUAGGAAACAAAAUCACAUCGAACAUGAUCUGUGCAGGAGACCGAACUUACGGUAAAGAUGCCUGUAAAGGUGACAGUGGUGGGCCAAUGGUUAUUGUAAAGAAUAGCACAUGGUUUCUGAUAGGACUGGUCAGCUGGGGAGAAGGAUGUGGCCGGUUCCAUAAGUUUGGUGUUUACACAAAAGUGUCUAAUUACCUAGACUGGAUAUAUUCAGUAACUAAUGUUUGCAUUCGGACCCUGAAAAUGUUGGGAUGUUACUGGUGUUUAGCAUCACUGAUGUUGGUCAGCUGGGCUGUGAGUGUUGAGAGCUCAGUGUUUUUCCAGAAGAAUAAAGCAGCAAGGGUGCUGAAAAUUCGGAAACGAGCAAACUGGUUCUGGGAAGAGGUUAAACCAGGGUCUCUAGAGCGAGAAUGCUAUGAGGAAACCUGUUCAUUUGAGGAAGCACAAGAAAUUUAUAAAUCCAGAGAGAAUACAAUGGAGUUCUGGUUUUCCUACAAAAAUUUGGAUCCUUGUAGAUCCAAUCCAUGCUUGAAUGGUGGUUUAUGUAGAUUCGACAACCACAAGUAUAUCUAUAUCUGUCUCUGCCCUCCCCUGUGGAAAGGGAAAAAUUGUGAAUCAGAAAACCACGACUGUGAAUACAAGAAUGGCUUCUGUCAACAGUAUUGCAGCAUCAACACAACAACACAAAUGCCAAUGUGUUCCUGUGUGGAAGGUUAUCAACUAAAUCAAGAUCAACGGAAGUGUUCUGCAAGUGUGGAAUACCCAUGUGGGAGAAUACCUCUAUAUGGAUCACGAACUCGCACACACAUUGAGGAAGAAUAUUCCCUCAACGAUACAGAUACGGACUAUGAACACUUAAUGAAGUUAAAUUACUCUGAAUCAGACGCUCGGGUACGAAUCAUUGGUGGAUACCUUUGCAGACAGGGACAUUGUCCUUGGCAGGUAUUGAUUCAUGCCAAUAAUGGUUACGGAUUCUGUGGCGGAACAUUGAUUAACAAUCGUUGGGUUGUGACAGCUGCUCAUUGCUUUGAUUCAGUACAUCCACACUCAGUUACAGUAGGUGAAUUUGAUAAGCUCCAAACAGGGAUCUGGGAACAGAAUGUUUUGGUGAAGAAGAGUCUGAUACACCCUCAGUAUGAUCCAGUAAUAUAUGACAAUGAUAUUGCCCUGUUGUAUUUGAAUCAGUCUGUGAAUUUUACUUUCACUGUUGCUCCAAUUUGUCUGCCCAAUUACAACCUGGGCAAGCUGCUACUGCUAACUGGGAAAGCGGGAAUGGUAAGUGGUUGGGGCGUAACCAAAGAAAGAGGAAGACUAUCCCGAUUCUUGCUCAGAGUGCAGCUUCCUUACGUUGAACAGGCCACUUGCAUAAAAUCAACAAACUUGGAAGUUACAGAUAAUAUGUUCUGUGCUGGAUACAGAGAUGAGAACAUGGAUUCCUGCAGAGGGGAUAGUGGGGGACCGUAUGCAGUUUUGUAUCAAAACACCUGGUAUCUGACUGGUGUGGUUAGUUGGGGUGAAGGUUGUGCCAGAGAAGGCAAGUAUGGAUUAUAUACUAGGGUGCCAGGUUACUUAUCAUGGAUACAUGAUAAUUUAUUACAACACAGCUACUGA